AUGGGCCCCGAAUACCAAACAAGUCGAACGAGCAAAGUCAAUCCUCGAGCCAAAUGUCCUUCUCAAAGCGGCGAGGAGGGCGUGCUGAGUCGGUACAAGACCGCGAGCCUGGCGGCCAAGGCGCAGGCGCGGCGCAGCGUGCGGUGGCGCGGGUGCGUGUUCUCGUUCGGGCAGACCGCGCCCGUCGCGGGGUACGCGCUCUCGCUCUGGUACGGCGGCAUACUCGUCGCCGACAAGGAGGUGCACUACAAGAACGUCAUCAAAGUUUCGGAAGCGCUAAUCUUCGGCGCCUGGAUGAUGGGUCAGGCGUUGGCGUUCGCGCCUAACUUUGGUGCCGCGAUCAGUGCCGCUGGACGCAUCAUGACGCAGCUGGCGCGGCAACCGACCAUCGAGAGUACAGUCACACCGGCAGUCAACGAGGACUUCGUAGCGACGGGCAAGAUAAACUACGACAGCGUCAUGUUCCGUUACCCGACACGUCGCGAAGUGGAGGUGUUGCGAGGGUUGACUCUAGCAAUACCGAGCGGGAAACGUGUUGCGCUCGUGGGGCCCAGCGGCUGCGGCAAGUCCACACUCAUACAACUGCUGCAGAGAUUGUACGACCCGGACAAUGGCAGCGUGGUCAGUAUACUGGACACUCUUUAUAUCCAGAACUAUUGGAAUAGAUGGAUUUACUAUCUGGUGCUGAUUCCAUAG